GCGAAAGUUUAUUCGCCCAAAACCUCCGAGCUUCCAGUCCGGAUCGCGAUCAAUUCCAUCGUUGGAUUUGCCUGCAAGUUGAAGAGUAUGUUCCAGACAUUCUCCUCUAAAUUUCCACUAUUCAAGUUUUCGUUUGGACUUCGUAUGGGGAGAAAUAGAGCUCUAACAGGUGACUCUGCUUUCAAAUUCGCUGGAAUCCCAAACAGUUUCGGUAAAAUCACGAUCGCCAAUUCGUUAACCGUUGGAUCAGUCUCGAAUUUGGGUAUUAAUUUCCUGAGACGUGGUUUUAGGUUUUGA